AUGUCAUCCCCACCCAACCCCGUUGUGGCGCCCUCUCAUAUCCUCGCUCUACUGGACCGCCUUCACAAGGAGUCAACCACACAAGAGGCUGCGCUGGGGACGUACCUCGGUACCCCUGACGGUUUUGACGACUUGAUGCGCGACAAGUUCAUAGCGCUUGACCAGGACAAAUGCCAGUUUGUCUACCAGCUUGCUAGAGCUACAGGUGCACGCAACGUCGCGGAAGUCGGCACCAGCUUCGGUGUUAGUACGAUAUACCUAGCUUUGGCAGUUGGGAGCAACAUUAAAACGAGUGGAGGAGGAGAGGGCACGGUUAUUGCCACGGAGAAGGAGGCUACGAAGGCAGAGAAGGCGAGGCGGUACUGGAAGGAAGCAGGCGAGGAGCUAGUGACGCGUCAUGUUGAUUUGAGGGAGGGUGAUCUUCUGGAGACAUUGAAGGAGAAUGUUCCCAUAUUAGAUCUUGUCCUGAUUGAUAUAUGGGCACCAGUAGCUUUGCCGGCAUUGAAGCUCCUUGAGCCGAAGAUGAGAUCGGGCGCUGUGGUCCUCGUUGACAACUCUAUCUCUUCUGCCGCCAGAUAUGCAGAGCUCUUGGCGCAUCUCAGAUCGCCCGCAAACGGCUAUACUAAUCUAACGCUCCCUUAUUCCAAAGGUUUAGAAAUGAGUAUUAAGCUUUGA